AUGUUUGACAUUAUGGUCCUCCAGAGCCAAAGCAAGAAGAUUCCAUGCCUCCCUCAGUUGAAGGAGAUGUUGGCGCAAGGUGGCAAGGCCAAAGAGUGCCUUGCUGCAGCUCAGACUCAAAAGAAGAGUGUGGAGGAAAUCCUUGGGGCUUCAAAGGACCGCUGGCUGCGGCGCUUGAAGAUUGGAUUCAACUUGCUCAUUGAGGGCGGCUCCAGCCUAAAGCGAAAGACAGGCCGUGAUCAUCCCGUCAUCACAUUCCCUGCCAUGGCGCUCUUGUACAUCCUAGCAUUCUGCUUGGCUUCCCAAGCAGCAGGAACAUGUUUGCCCAACGGUGUCGCGCCAGAGCGCCGGAAGAAUUUAACAAAAAACGGAGAAUCAUUUCCCGUGGGGGUCGUCUUGCAGCCCUACCGUUCGGCAGAGUUAGCCAAUGGAAUUAUCGAUAUUUUGAUUUCUGAAGUGCUUGGCUACAACUUGCAAUACGAUCCUCACGUGCCAGCCUCAUCCCUCGAAGUGAUAUAUGCGAUGAUUGGCUGUAAGACCUGGUAUAAUCGCGAGUCGCCUGGAUGUGAGGAACGCAAACAGGAGCUCCACUUCGUGGUCGAAAGCUGGCAUUUGUUGUACCCAACGACAUGGGAAAUCCUUCGGCAAUCAUAUCCUGCAGAAAUUCCUCUUAGUGCGGACAUGGGCUAUGUGGGCGGGACUGGCCAAUUCAUCUCUGCAUCCGUUGUCGAGGCAGCGGAAACGCGAGGUUUGGUCUUAGAGUACUACAAGAUGUACCAGUUUGCCAAAGAUCAGGUGUUGGAUGUCUUCGAUAGCAUCGCUGUGGUAAACACAACCUAUUUCUUUCAAUGUCGAGAGAGCAGACUCAACGACAAUCUGACGAAUUUUGGCUAUUGGAAAUGGACAGGUGAUGAUUCAGGAGUGAUCGUUGUCAACAACUCAUUCAAAGCCUUUUGUCCUGACGGGUACUUCUGGAGAGCCCCAGUUUGCCGCAACGAUCCAAUGCAAUGCAUUCUCUACGUUGUCUACGACUGGCAAAUUGUGGAUGUGAUGCAAAGAAGCGCCGUCUUUUCAAUUCCACUUGGAGUAGGCGUGGCGAAUUCCUAUGAGAACUACUUGCUGAUUCCCAAGAUCUACAAAUCCAUGUUUUACUACUGGACGCCAGAGGACUCUUUGUUGGAGUUGAAUCCGCAGAAGGUCAUUUUUCCAGAACAUAAUGCAUAUGCCCACAGCCAGGGAGACCUGACUACAGCUAGUAGUCAGACACCACUUGCCAAACUCACUAGUUACGACUUAGAAUACCUUGCUCCUGACCUUUUCAAGCUUCUGGAGAACAGUGCUUUUGAUAUUGAUAUCAUCUAUGAUCUAAUGCGUGAAAGGCUGGCAACUGGAGAGCAGCCACAAGAGAUCGCCUGCAGAUGGCUAAAAAACCAUGAAGCCAGGUGGCGUGAGUGGAUCCCUGAUCCGACUCUGUGCAUCCGUGGCUUUGGGCUCUAUGAUGAAAAAGCGGAGAGUUUUUCUACAAGCAGGGCAUCAGCCAGCACCUGUAAAGCGUGCCUACCCGGCACCUAUUCCAAGCUUUUCAAGGAAGACUGGGGUAGCACCUAUGUUUGCGAAGAAUGUUCUGCAGGUUCACAACAGCCAGCUGCUGGUGAAGUAAGCUGCAACCCUUGUCCUGCAGGGACUUUCAAAGAAGUGGCAUCCACUGAGGAUUGUGCGUCGUGCCCAGCAGGCUACUACCAGAAUGAUACUGGAGCAGAGACGUGCAAGAAAUGCCCAAACGGAACGACCACCAUCCUUUUGAGAGCCACCCUCUUCUCAGACUGCGUUUGCCUUGCUGGAACCAUUGAUGUUGGGCCAGGAGCUGAAGUGCAAUGUGUGCCUUGCGGAGAGGGGCUCUCAUGCCCAGAUGGUAGCACAGUGGAGGGGCUGAAGGGUCGCCGCAAUGGCCCAAGUGCAGUCGCGGAGGUCAUGCCAGGCUACUUCAGUUGGUUGACAAGGCCGACAGAGAUCUUCAAAUGUCUUGGCACACAUUGUCCUGGGGGACCUCCUGGAGCUUGUGAAGGUGGCCGAUUGGGUCCAACAUGUCAUGACUGCGCAGCUGGGAUGUACUGGGCCGAUGAGGAGUGUCGAACUUGUGAGGUCUCCAUGGUGGCUGCCUGGAUCGUAGGCCCUUUUGUAUUGUUGCUAGUGAUGAUCACAGCCUACUAUGUCACUGAGGAUCGCUACAAAGCACGGGCUGCACUUCGUGAGUGUGCAACGAUUGGUGGUGAUAUGUUGUUGGCCUUUCUUCAAAAUUUGGGCAUCCUCAGUCUUGUGUCAGUUCCAUUGCCCGAAACCUUGAACAUGCUCUUUGAGUGGUCUUCGCUCUUUGUGUUGAAUCUCCGAUCUUUAGGCUUCAGCUGUACUGUACGUGAUGGUAUGCAGCAAUAUGUAAUAUCUUCAAUAUCUUUUCUCAUUGUCGUGGUGGCUUUCCCUCUCUUGGGAUAUGUGACGCAGUUUUGCUCCUGCAUGAGAAAUCGUGGAUGGAACUGGAGAUUUUACAAAACCAUCUGUGUCACUGGAAAAUUCCUGCAGUCUUGCUUCACGCUAAUGUGCAACAUUGGUUUGGCUCCGUUCAUGUGCUUCCGACAUCCCAAUGGUAGUCGAAGCAUCUUCAGGUAUCCGAACACAUUCUGCGGCAGUGCAGAACAUGGGACAAUGCAGCUUUUCGGUGUUCUAGUGCUUGUGCUGAGCUUCACGCACUUCAUCCUUUGCUGCUGGGCAAGUUGGAAAGCUCCAACAUGGUCCUUGCAGUCACCUGAACGAAUUCGAGGGAUUGGAUUCUUCAUUGGCAACUUUCGACCUUCGACAUGGUGGUUCGGUUUGAUCAGUUUGGCAAGGGGACCACUCUUGUCCUUACCAGUCGUGUUGUCUCCCAACGUGCCCGGCAUCCAACUUGCUUUGAUGCUUUGUGUUUUGCUUGUCUCUUUCACUUGGCAACUUUGGUUUCUGCCUUGGAAAGCGCCGGUUCUCAACUUGGUGGAUGCAGUUUCCACAGGUUUGUUCCUGAUUCUGCUUGCCAUCUCUUUGCACUUGGAGUCGGCAGUUGAGGGCUCUCUAUCCUUUUUGGACUCGUUUGGGGCUGGCGUGUACUUUCUGAGUCUUGGGAUCAUUGGAUGCGUUUGCAUUUUGGCUUUGGUGUUGGCGGUAUGGCAGCGCUUUUGCGCUGCAAAACGAAAAAAGCUGAUGCCAAGUAUCAUCAACUUGGGUCCGGUGAGAGAAGCAGAGGAGAUUCUAGAAAUUCUUCUGGUAAUCGUUGCAAGCUUGGAAUCCCAGGAUGGCAACCAGAGAGAAGCUCUUUUGAGGAAGAUGUCCCACUCAGUUUCAACUUAUGACGUUUGCCGUGUGGGAGAAGCCCUGGACAUUUUGAUUGCAGAUUGUGAGUUGGGCGUUGUGGACCUUGAUUGGAAGAUGGUGGGUCGAGUUGCAGCGAAGCGCCUGAGUCAGAUGACCAAGAAAAGUCUGGCGAGUGUCAACCCGAUUCCGAGGACUGCGAGGAUUGCGGCAGCAACAAACGACCGCAGCGGAACCGAUGUUGUCGAAGACGAGCAUUCAACGAGCAGUGACAGCUGUGGCGGAACGGAUGAGAGUUGUGAAUGUGCAUUCUGACACAUGGGAAAAUGAGACCAAAACCCCCAAAUUGUC